CCAGAGAAAUACAUUACAAAGUUGCUGGAAUGAGAAGAACAGAACGGAUUUUCACGAUUCGUAAUAUUCAAAUGGAAUACAACUAUCAAGGCGGAAGACACCCCUUCUGCUGAGCAGCAGCAGCGCAGUGGCCUUGCUGGUGCCGUUGCCUGCCCGUGACUGCACGUGCACUUUGCUGCCCCCAACCGAGAAACUUUUCUGAGCCCCCGGUGGACCCAAACCCCCACACCAGACCACAGACCACACCAGGGCAUCGGCGUCCGGCUCGGAGGAGAGGAGAGGAGAGUAGAGGGGGGCAUGCGAGACUCCCCGUGUGCUGUGCUGUGCAUGUGUUGUGCUACCGUACCGGCGACCGACCGCGGAGUCACAUUUGGACACAAAGCCACUUGGAGAGACUCAGGCAGGGCUGGCCCAACUCAUAAUGCGGGUCUAGUGAACACCGGGAGGAAACAAUACCUGCUACGCCGACUGGACUACCUGCCUGCUUGACUGCCUGCUUGACUGCCAGUCUGUGUUGCGACACUCAUUCAAGUGCUGGAUUUUUACCCAAGCAAGCAGGCUUUGGCGGCCGAUAACAAAAAAAGCAUUUUUUCUUCUUCUUCGUCACUACUGCGCUUCUGAGGAGAGAUUAUAUAGCGGGAGGAGAGCGGUGAUAAUCCGGUGGCAGAUAUCAUGACGUCUCCGGCCAAAUUCCGGAAGGACAAGGAGAUUAUAGCGGAAUAUGAGACGCAAGUUAAAGAGAUCCGGGCCCAGCUGGUGGAGCAGCUCCGGUGUCUUGAUCAGCAGUGUGAGGUGCGGGUGCAGCUGCUGCAGGACCUGCAGGACUUCUUCCGGAAGAAAGCCGAGAUCCAAACGGACUACUCGCGGAACCUGGAGAAGCUCGCCGAGCGCUUCCUCGCCAAGACGCGCAGCACCAAAGACCACCAGUUCAAGAAAGAACAGACAGUGUUUUCUCCAGUCAACUGCUGGAACCUGCUGCUGGGACAGGUGAAGAGAGAGAGUCGUGACCAUGCGACCCUCAGUGAUCUCUACCUCAAUAACAUCAUUCCACGCUUCGCCCAGGUCAGCGAGGACAGUGGACGACUCUUCAAAAAGAGUAAAGAGGUGGGACUGCAGCUUCAGGAGGAUCUGAUGAAAGUUCUCAACGAGCUCUACACGGUCAUGAAGACGUAUCACAUGUACAACACGGACAGCAUGAACGCGGAGAGCAAGCUGAAGGACGCUGAGAAACAGGAAGAGAAGACGUAUGGUCGAUCAGUACGACAGGAAGACAGGCAGUCACCACGGUCACCUGACGCCCUGACGACCGUCAAACUAGACGACAAACACGUACGACGCAGCUCAGUCAAGAAGAUCGAGAAGAUGAAGGAGAAGCGUCAGGCCAAGUACACUGAGAACAGGUUGAAGGCCAUUAAGGCUCGUAAUGAGUACCUGCUGCAGCUGGAGGCCACCAACAGCUGUGUCUUCAAGUACUACAUACACGACCUGUCCGACCUUAUCAACUGCUGUGACCUGGGUUACCAUGCCAGUCUGAACCGCGCGAUCCGUACCUACCUGUCGGCCGAGUUCAACGCGGAGUCCUCCAAGCACACACACCUGGAGAGUCUGGAGACGGCGGCAGAUAACCUGGAGGCCAACGCGGACAAGCAGAGACUCAUGGAGGCCUACAACAACGUCUUCUGCCCACCCAUGAAGUUCGAUUUCCAAUCACACAUGGGAGACCAGAUGGACCAGUUGUGUGCUCAGCAGCCUGUUCAGGUGGAGUUGCUACAGAGAUGCCAACAGCUGCAGUCGCGCCUCUCCACCCUACGCAUCGAGAACGAAGAGGUGAAGAAGACUAUGGAAGCCACUCUGCAGACCAUCCAGGACAUGGUGAGCAUUGAGGAUUACGACGUGACGGAUUGUUUCCAACACACACACUCCAUGGAGAGUGUUCGCUCCAGCGUCUCCGAGUCCUACAUGAGCAAACCCAGUCUGGCCAAGAGACGAGCCAACCAGCAGGAGACAGAGCAGUUCUACUUCACGAAGUUGAAGGAGUACUUGGAGGGACGGAACCUCAUCACUAAACUUCAGGCCAAACACGACCUCAUUGAGAAAACACUGGGGGAGAGUCAGAAGACUGACUACUGCCUUGCCAGUGGCGGUGGAAGGAGGAGCUCCACUGUACGGAAGCAGGACUCUGCUCAGGUUAUUCCUCUGAUGGUUGAGAGCUGCAUUCGCUUCAUUAGUCGCCAUGGUCUACAUCAUGAGGGCAUUUUCAGAGUUUCUGGAUCUCAGGUGGAAGUCAACGACAUCAAGAACGCCUUUGAGCGAGGAGAGGACCCCCUGGCCGGUGAUCAGAAUGACCAUGAUAUGGACUCUAUUGCGGGGGUGCUGAAGCUGUACUUCAGGGGACUCGACCACGCUCUCUUCCCCAAGGAAGUCUUCCAUGACCUCAUCUCCUGUGUCUCGAUGGAGUCUCUCCCAGACAGAGCGGUCCACAUCCGGAAGAUUCUGAUGCCGUUACAAAGCAACACACUGGUCAUCAUGAGAUACCUGUUCGCCUUCCUGAACCAUCUCUCCCAGUACAGUGAGGACAACAUGAUGGAUCCCUAUAACCUGGCCAUCUGUUUCGGGCCCACCUUGAUGUGCGUGCCCGAUACCCAGGACCAGGUGUCGUCACAGGCGCACGUGAACGAGCUCAUUAAGACCAUCAUCAUCCACCAUGACGCCAUCUUCCCUGGGACACGAGACCUGCAGGGACCAGUGUACGACAGGGGAGGACUACCUGAGGAGUAUUGUGAGAGUCCUCAUGGUGAGCCCCCCCUGGUGGACGAACCCGCACCUGACACCAUCUCAGGAAUACAGAACAGCGACGAUGGCUCCUCAUUGGUUGUUUCAGAGUCAGAGCCUCUGGAGGCCAUUGCUCGUUAUGACUACUCUGGACGGACCAACCGCGAGCUCUCCUUCAAGAAGGGGGCGUCUCUCUUGCUGUAUAACCGCGCCUCUGACGACUGGUGGGAGGGGCGUCACAACGGAGCGAGCGGAUUGGUGCCCCACCAGUACAUCACCCUGCAGGACGCGACGGACGGCUUCGGUGGUCGAGGCAGCCCCAAGGCUGAUGCUGAUGAAGAGAGAGUGGCCACUAGGGGGAGUGCCAGCUCUCCGACCGGCGGUCAUGUAGCGGACAUAUACCUGGCCAACCUUAACAAGAUGAGGAAGCAGUCCUCCGGCAGUAUCAGACGAGCGUUCCGUACUGCGGAGGGGCUGAGUGACGUGGUGUCGUCUCCCGUGUCCCCGGUAUCGCCGGGGGCGAUGACUGGGAGCGGUGGCAUGUCCCCUGGCGGUGGAGGCAGCAUGUCGGGCGGACUACGCGCCACCUCCAUGCCCCUUGGAGCCAGCGCAGGCCUCGGAUUGGCUAAGGAGGACAAGAGGCCCAUGAGUGCCCACAGCGUUCUCAACUCCAUAACUCGUCACUCGUCCCUCAAGAGCAAGGUGGAGAGCCCGCAGUUACGCAAAGCCACCUCCGCGGGGCGCUCUAAGAGCUUCAGCAACCACCGGCCCAUAGACCCAGAGGUGUUCUCACAUGUGGAGCACAGCUCACAGGAUAUCGAAGCGACUAUGAACACGGCGUUGAGCGAGCUUCGGGAGCUAGAACGCCAGAGUUCCGCUAAGCACGCACCCGACGUCGUCCUGGAUACGCUGGAACAGCUCAAGUCCUCAUCAGGAGGCGGGGUCGGAGGCGGAGUGAUCAGCAUUGGGGGUGGGGCAUCGGAACCCUCCAGCCCCCUGCACUCCCGCCUCCUGCGCGAGGUCGACGUCCCCUUGACGCACUCGCACCUGCAGCGCAGCUCCAGCUCCGCCUCGGAUGUCCAGACCAGCACAUUCCGACCAGCUAAAGGAGGCUCCUCCCCCAAAAGCCCGCUCCUGGCCUCCUCCUCCAACCCUCUGGCCUCAUCGUCCUCCUCCACCUCCCUGGGAGGAGGAGUCAGCAGUGGGGGUGUUGGUCUCUCCUCCUCCUCCUCGUUUCGGGAUAGCAGGGGUCCACCUGCCACGCGGCCCAAGCCAGUGGUCUUCCCCAAGAGUGGGGGGGCCGGGGCGUCAGGAGGGGGGAGUGGUGUUGGAGGGGGUGGAGCUAUUGGGUCCUCGUCCCCGACAACCACCACCCCACCUCCUCCGCCUCCACCCCCGCCUGCCGACAAGUCCUGUCCCGUGUGAACCACACACACACACACAUACACACACACAAACCCACAAACACACACACACACACCAAAUAUACCCCCCAAUAUAUAACCCCUACCCCAGAGGUGGAGCAAUAGGAGGGGCAAGCUGGGCAUUUGCCCCAGGGCCCUCCUGUAUGGAUGGUGGGGGCCCUAUUGCGACCUUGGCAGCCCAUAUGGGGGGCCAUAUCAGUGUUUUUCCCUGGUGCCCUGUUUGCAAUCAUUUCGCCUCUGCUCCCCACCCCAAAUGUACCUGAGCUACCAGCCACCUCACCCACCCCUCUCUCUCUCACACACACACACACACACACACACACACACACACACACACACACACACACACACACACACACACACACACACACACACCCUCCUGCUUCUUUGGCCCAGGAGCUGGUCUCAAACUCUUUGUAUUUUUUUAUAUUUUACUUCCAAACGCCUUCUAUGGUCAAGAUGAGUUGUUUUAUAAUGGUGUGGUGACGAUGACGAUGAUGAUGAUGAUGAUGAUGAUGAUGAUGAUGAUGAUGAUGAUGACUUCUAUUCUGGAGUGGGGUGGUAGCAGUGGUCUUGAUGUGUGAUGUAAGGGGUGAUUGUGUGGAAUGUUUUGGGAGUGUUUGGACUGAAGUGGAUUGUUUGCCGUGUAGCGCAUUCACUCUCUCACACACACACACACACACACACACACACACACACACACACACACACACACACACACACACACACACACACACACACACACACACACAGACUUACUAUAACCACACGGACUAAAACACACAAACUAAUUUUACAGCUUUUUGUAGUUUUUAUUUUGUUUUAUUUUAAUUUAAUUUGAACCAAAUGACCAAGAAAAGACCCACAGUGGCAGACCCACACUCACUCAGCAGAGACAUCAACUGUGAAGCAAUACAAAAUGGAGGACAUUACAAAAUGGUGGACAAUUCAAAAUGGUGGAAAAUUCAAAACGGAGGACAUUACAGUAGAAUGGUGGACAAUACUGUACAUCACCAUACACGCUGCUUAACAAGGGGAAACGGAACUAGCCAACACACCGAUGGAGAAAGAGAGUGAGGUGGAGCGAAAGAAGAGAGAUGGAGAGAGAGAAGAGAAGGGAUGGAGAGAGGGAGAGGAAAAGACAGAAAGAGCGGGAAUGAUGAAAAGAAAUUAAACGAAUGCUCAGGAUAUGGACACAGGUGUGAGGUGUUUGUGUAUGUGUGUUUAUAUAUUGCAUGUAGGGAACUGCGGUGAAAUGGACUUUUAUUGAACUUUCAUGGAUGUGACUUUUUUUCUUUCUCUUUUUUUAAAAUUGCGCCUUGCUUGGCUGUGGAGGCUUUUAAUAGGUUGGUGUGGGGCAGGAAGGCGGGACUCUCUAUUCUCUCUUCUCACACUAUACUGUACGUCUCACCAGCCUGGAGUGUGUGUGUGUGCAUGCGUGUGUGUGUGAGUGUGUUUGCCUCAAGCCCAAGGAAACCCAGGAACGACUCACUAAACAGGACAAAACCAGCCCGAAAAAACAAACUCAUGGAAAUGUCCUAGAAAAUGAUUGGGAGUGGGAACCCUAAUACUCUCCUGCUCUGCUGUUAUACUCUUGUACUCUUCAAAUCACAACACAGUGGACACCUACUCUACUCUACUACUCCACUCUAUUCUAUUCUACUCUACUCUACCUUACUACUCUAAUCUACUCUACUGCUCUAAUCUACUCUACUACUCUACUCUGCUCUGCUCUGCUCUACCCUACUACUCCGCUCAGCUCUACUUCUCUACUCAACUGUACUCUACUCUACUCUCCUGUACUGCAAUACAGUUCUAUUCAACUCUCCCCCUAGUAAACUAGGCACGUAUAGCACCUAACUUGCAAUAACUCAUUACUAAUACGUCUGAAUGAUGAAUACAAUGCAAAACAGCUCAGCGCAUAGUACUUAUACUGUAUACACAGUACUGUCUAUUUAAAAGGACUCUCUUGCAUUCAUUACAUUCUAUUCAUAGUGAAAUACUCAGACAUUCACACACACAAAGGCACAUGCAAACACAGACACAGUUAGACUGACACACACACACACACACACACACACACACACACACACACACACACACACACACACACACACACACACACACACACACACACACACACACACACACACCUCGCCUUGAGCCCACCAGCUUAGCAUGUCUAGGGCCAGUGAACUAGAACCAUAGACAACGCAAACACACACACACAUGCGUGCACAGUGUUCGCCUGACAAGCAAACUGUGUGGUGUCUGUGAAACUCCAUGUACUGUAUGUAUUGUAUACGUUGUCUAACUCUGCCGAGUCGUAGAACUCAGUCAUGUCUCCAUGGUGAUAUGGUAAUAACACAUGUCCAUGGUGAUAUGGGCCAUUCCUUUAUGUACAGUGUUGCUUUAUUUUUUUUAUUUUUCAAAGCCAAGCGUUGAAAUGUUUAAUAACACGACUUAUAACUGGAAACAAGAUGAGGAUGACGAUGAUGAUGAUGAUGAUGAUGUCGAAGUCUUAUGCAGAACUUAAGAUGUUUUUUUGUUUGAAUGUUUUUACUUUAAAUGUUUUUGUUUAAAAGUGCAGUAAAAAAUGGCGCUUCUAUCUUACGUGGGAGAAAAAAACUGUAUCUGCUAUCUCUCACUUCGAUGACUUUCCACAGGUCAUAUGACAGUAACUAUACUCCUACUGUCUGUAUGUGGCCGUGACGUCCUAUAAUGUUGUAUAAUGAGCGUGUAUGUGUGCGUGCGUGUGUUUGUGUGUGGUGUGUUGUAGGUGGAGGGACUGUGUGUGUGUUCAAUACCUCAUUUGAGAACUGGAACCUGUGUAGUCCUGAGAAUGAUAUUGAAGUGUUUGUGUGCGUGUGUUCGGGGAAAAGGAAUUGUACUAACAAACAUACAUCAGCAUUCUGUGUUAAGUGUGUGUGUGUGUGUGUGUGUGUGUGUGUGUGUGUGUGUGUGUGUGUGUGUGUGUGUGUGUGUGUGUGUGUGUGUGUGUGUGUGUGUGUGUGUGCGCGUGCGUGCGUGCGUGUGUGUUUGUGUGUGUCCAUCAGGACAAUACACUGUCAAUGUGAUUUUUGGGGCCAUCCCCACCCCAUAGUGUGUGCGUGCGCGUGUGUUUGACAUGAGUGUUGUUGAUUAUUAUUAUUUUGUAAUCAUUCUUAAUCACGGGGGCUCAUGACCAUUGUAAACAAGUAUGUAAACAAAAAGCAAAAACAAGCAAACAGAAAAAAAGACAAAAAGAAUUGCCUCUAUUGAGAGAUAUUAUAUGUACAGAUGCAAAUAAUCCAGCAGCGCAGAUGUCUCACCUGCUCUGUAUGUUAGUGGCCAGGGGAGAUGUGAUGUCACGAGACAAAACAAGAUGAGACACACACCUGUUGAGGUGACACACACACCCGUUGUGGUGACACACACAUGUCGAGAUGACACACACCUGUGUGUGUUCUGUUAUCCAUGUGCAUAUAAGCAUAUACCGUGGGGGUAUUCCAAGAACAUAGUUCAAUAGUAAACCAGAUCAGGUUGAUCUUGUGGCUGUGGUAAAUCAUCUAAUAGAAGAGCCCGGAGUCAUCCAUUGUUUUCUUAACUGAAUGGCGACCUGUGGCCUAUCUACCGUAUCUAUUAGCAGGUUUACCACUUCACUUCACUUAGCCAGGUAUUACGUUUAACCAUGUUGUUCUGGUGAUAACUACCCCAUGUCUCCUGUACAUGACAGAGGUACAGCGCCCUCUCCUGGUGUGUUUUGGUACAAUGAUAAUGAUGAUGUACAGUCCUAUGCCGUAUAUAUAGCCCUGUAAUAGCACUCUAUUGCCAGUAGACCCUCCCAUAGACUCCCAUGUAGUAGCUCUAGUAGAAAACUCAACCCUCUCUUCCCUUCUUCUUCUUUUUUAAAUAAACAUUGCUUGCUAUAAACCA